GAAGAGAAUCUUUGGCGAAAGUAUUUUUGUGUCGGCAAUGUACAGUUGUUUACGUUUGAUACGUGCUACAACGAGUGUGUCUUGAUUGUAUGGUUAGUGCUGACUAGGUUUUCCUGAAGUGUGACACUAUGACAGAACAAACCCGUUCGGCUACUCCCGCCGAAGCCACUGUGACACUGGUCGAAAGCGAAGAGGAUAUUCAGCAGGAUGUUCCUACACUUCGACUAAGACUCCGAAAACCAAAGCCUAAGAAGAAAGUUCAGUGGCGGUCUGGAACAGUUGAUAAUGAACAUUUGAACAAGAAGAAGUCAAAAUGUUGUUGCCAGUAUGAGAAACCAAGACAGUUUGGUGAAAGCUCCUCUGAUAGUGAUGAUGAUGAAUGUGAGAACUGUCAUGGUCAUGUAGAAAGGAAAAGGAAGAAGAAACAAGAUAAUGGUUCUUCAUGCCCAUUGGAAGAUAAAGAUAGUGCAUGCCCCCCUCCUAAUGAACCAUCCACAUCUAAUUCUCAUCAAUAGUUUUUGAUGUUAAAUUUGGAUCUAGUUGGUGUGAAGCAUAGAUGUGACUUAGAGACACCACAAGUCUCUUCGUUACAGUCAAUCAACUAUUUGUGGAUCAGCUGUAUUCUGUUAUUUGCUGGUGUUAUAAUUCAUAUAUAACAAGAGACUGUGUAACACCAAAGUUUUAAUUUCUGUAUGGUUAUAUCCAGUUGAAAUAUUUAUUCAUAAAACUGUAUAAUAUUUUCAUCUUUGUUGACAUACUUACUGGGUUUCCAUGUAUGAAGCUAAGUGCACCUAAGGACCUCAAAAAUUCAUAUUUAAUCUGUGUUUAGACAGUGUUCACUCAUUUAUUAUUCAUAUUAUGCAUGGUUUUAUUAUGUGGCAUAUUAAUGCUUUUAUACAAGAUUUUGUUCCUGGAUAUGAGAAUAUUCAGAAUAUUCUUAACUAAUCAGCUGUUGUUUAUAAAUUGGAAUGAAACAACAGUCUGUGUUAGUAUAAUUCAUUGUCAUUUCUCUUUAAUGGUGGACGUGAUUAGUGACAGUGCUUAUCACCUCAGUCUAUUAUGUAAAUAACAAGAAAUAAUGAUGAUGUAUGUUAUGCUCGAAGUGUUUUGUGUGUGUGUGUGUGUGUGUGUGUGUGUGUGUGUGUGUGUUUUCUUUUUUUUAAUUUUGUGUUAAGGUUGCUUAAUAAUGUUGUCUUUAAACAUGAAUAUUUCGACUUUGUGUUUAUAUCUAUUAGUUUCUUGAAAAGUAACAAUUGUGUGCCAACUGUAAUUAACUGUGAUAGAUUUAAAGUAAAUUGUUAUGAAUUCCUUUCAAAAAUUGUGGAUUAGUUGGCCAUUACCUAUAAAAUUACAAAAUACAGAACUAUACAAAUAGUUUAUCAUGUGUCUGACAGUUGUAAAAUAAAAUGUUUAUGAUGAUGAUAGUAUCUCAGAUUGUAUGGAGAGAAUAUAAGACAGCACACAUGACAACAGAAAAGGGUGGUAUAUUUCUUGUUAGAAUAGUUUUAGUGUAGCUUUUGUUGCAGAACAUGUUCACAUAUAUGUAGACUUCUGCUGUCAAUGUUUGUUUCAAUAAAAUUCUUCUGAAUUUGUUACA